UACGCAGCAGUGGAUUGUGACCUCUUGGCCCUCCCUGCUUGUAGCCGGGCACAGAGUCUCUCACUCUGGCUUGUGCCUGCACUCCAGCCGAGCGUGUCUGCGAGGUUUGGAGCGAGCAGCGAGGAUAGCCUUGGUGCUGGUCUCGUGCUCUGGGAGCUGCUGACAGCCGCUCUCAGUGCUCGUCCCCAGAGCCACUGGAACUUCUUCCCCGCCCUGCCUGGCUCAGGCAGCCGGGGCACCCAGGAGGCCGCAGCAGCAAAGGGAACCGCGUGACCCCUGCUGCUGCAGCAGCGGGCUGAGGAGCAGCCCCUCAUCCCUCGUGGUGCUCUCCUGCCCACCACAGCAGCUGGACAGCAUGGCCAGUGAGCCGGACCACCGCUGCCCCAUUUGCCUGGACACCAUGGAUGACGCCAGCUACGCGAUGCCGUGCCUGCACCGCUUUUGCUUUGGCUGCAUCCGUCGCUGGACCCAGAGCAGGCCCACGUGCCCCCUCUGCAAUCGCCGGCUGAGGUCCAUCUUGCACUCGGUGCGUGCGGACAACAGCUUUGAGGAGUUUGUUGUCAGACGGCCUGGGAGGGCCAGAAGAGCACCCCAACGCCAAAGAGGGGCGGUGCCCACCUGGGCGUCCAUGUUCCGCCACCACCCAUCUGUGCUCCGGCCCCUGCUGCCCUGGCUGCACCAGGAGAUGACGCAGCUCUUUGGGGCUGACAGCAUGGCAGCCUUUUCAGCCUUCCAGCUCGCCGUCUUUGGCCUGUGCUUCUUUGGCCUGGACGAGGGAGCGCUGACCCUGUGGCUGUUCAGCUCCCUGCGAAGCCACGCCGCCGUCUUUGUACGACGGCUCGCUGUCCAAGCUGUGCAGCUGUGCAGCGGGGAGGUGCGACGCCUGCUGGGCCUGGAUGCCUCCCGUGCUGCCACAGGGCAGGAGGGCAGCCCUGCAGCUGCCCGCCGCACAGCUGCCUCCUCAGCAGAAGCUGCCGACCGCAGCCCGCAGCCCUCCGGCAGCAGCUGGGAAGCCAACGUGGAGGAGGAGCUUCCUGUCCCCUCAACCGCUGCCCUUAGUGAGGGUCCCAGCCAGCCUCCGUCCAUCCUGGCUCCGCUGCGGACCGUCCAAGAAGCAGCCCAGGAGGAGCCGGAGGAGGCAGUGCCGGGUCCCUCGAGUGCCAGCACGGUCAGGGAGCGCUCACGCAGGGUGCCUCGGCGAGCCCCGAAGAGGAGGGCACACACCUCUGAGGCCUCUGCACCUCCUGCCAAGAGGCCACCCCGCCGGCAGCACUAGGACACCGCCCCAGCAGCUGGCGAGAACGGGGCCGGGCCUGCAGCUGGGGCACAACCAGCCCUCAGGGGUUGUCAGACCACAGAAUGACACAUGAAUGACUGUGGAUCUGUUGGAAGGGACCUCAAGAAUCUCCAACCCCCCCGCCGCCACAGGCGGGGCCACCGACCUCCGCACGGAAUAAAUACUAGACCAGGCUGCCCAGGGCCCCAUCCAACCUGGCCUUGAACACCUGCAGGGACGGGGCAUCCACAACCUCUCCGGGCAGCCUGUGCCAGCACCUCACCAUUCUUUCUCACAGUGAGGAACUUCCCCCCGACAUCCAACCUAAAUCUUCCCUCCUUCAACUGAAAUCCAUUUCCCCUUGCCCUGCUGUUCUCUACCCUUUCCAAGAGUUGACUCUGCAAUAAAAUUA